GAGACCGGCACCCCCUGCUCCUUGGUCAUCAUUGAUCGAUCCCUGCUUGUUCAGUAGGAGGGGUUGUCCUGUCCCCAACCCCUCCACCUCCUAUUGCGUCGUUAUCCGACUGCGUCUUCGUGGAAGCGAUCAUCCCAGGGAUAUCCAGCAACGUUCUUCAUUACAUUUCGUUUAGGGGUCAUUAGUGCCUCCUCAAUUUCAGCAGCCGGUUUCUCGCGUUCAGGCCUGUAAAGCUCUGUCCUUUCCAAUCCCCAUCAUCUCUGUCCCGAUUGUUUACACCUGACAAUCAGAGCCCUCUCUAUUCCAGCGGAUUAAUCUUCCCUUUUGCGCUAAAGCAGUCCAGAGUCAGCAUUGCUGGCUCAUAAGCCUCUGCCGGGCCAGCAUUUAGCUCCGCCUGCAGCAGUGGAAAGCCUCAUCCUGAUCUUGGCGUCGAAUCCCAUCCGUUUCCAUUAGUUCACCAAUCUCCCUGGUGCUCUCGAGCUCUAGGAUAGAGGCCUGGUCCCAAUUCCGGCCCUCAAAAUCCGAUCUUUGCUGGUGAUUCCUUGGCCGGCCCGAUGGGGAAGUUCGGGGACAGGCUGCGCGCCUUCUCCACGAACCGGUGGCUGGUGUUCGUCGCCGCAAUGUGGCUGCAGUCCAUGGCCGGCAUCGGCUACCUCUUCGGCGCCAUCUCGCCGGUGGUCAAGGCGGCCCUCGGGUACAACCAGCGCCAGGUGGCCGCGCUCGGCGUCGCCAAGGACCUCGGCGACUCCGUCGGCUUCUUCGCCGGCUCGCUCUCCGCCGUGCUGCCGUCGUGGGCGAUGCUGCUCAUCGGCGCGGCGCAGAACUUCCUCGGGUACGGCUGGCUCUGGCUCAUCGUCACCAGGCAGGCGCCGGCGCUGCCCCUCUGGAUAAUGUGUGUUCUCAUCUUUGUUGGAACCAAUGGAGAGACAUACUUCAACACAACUGCACUUGUUACAUGCAUUCAGAACUUCCCAAAGAGCAGAGGUCCAAUAGUGGGCAUUAUGAAAGGAUUUGCGGGUCUUAGCAGUGCGAUCUUAACACAACUGUAUGCAGUAAUGCACACACCAGACCAUGCCACACUUGUCUUCAUGGUUGCAGUCGGUCCAUCAUUGGUUGCCAUUGGCCUGAUGCUUAUUAUUAGGCCUGUUGGAGGUCACCGCCAGGUGCGUCCAUCCGACAAGAACAGCUUCUUGUUCAUCUACACUAUCUGCUUGCUCCUUGCCUCAUAUCUUGUUGGCGUCAUGCUAGUCCAAGAUUUCAUGGAACUGAGCGACAAUAUGGUUAAUUUUCUUACUUUGAUUCUAUUCAUACUUCUUAUUUUACCAAUCGCAAUCCCUGUGACCUUGACACUAUCAUCAAAAACGCAACAUCCAACUGAAGAGGCUCUCCUUUCUGAACCAUCAAAAGGAGAGACAAGCACUUCACAAGAGAAAGAGGAUCAACCAGAGGUCAUUUUAAGUGAGGUGGAAGAGGAGAAACCUAAGGACAUUGAUUCUUUGCCUCCAUCUGAAAGAAGAAAGAGGAUUGCAGAGUUGCAGACCAAGUUAGUGCAAGCUGCAGCAAGGGGUGGGGUUAGAAUCCGCAGGCGACCACACCGAGGGGAAAACUUUACCCUGAUGCAAGCAUUAGUGAAGGCUGAUUUUUGGCUUAUUUGGUUCUCGCUCCUGCUUGGAUCAGGAUCAGGGCUGACAGUGAUAGAUAAUCUGGGUCAGAUGAGCCAGUCUGUAGGGUUUGAAGAUGCACAUAUUUUCGUGUCAUUGAUAAGCAUAUGGAAUUUCCUUGGUCGUGUUGGAGGAGGCUACUUCUCUGAGAUUAUUGUCAGGGAGCACACUUACCCAAGGCACGUAGCACUGGCAAUCGCUCAGAUCCUGAUGGCUGCUGGGCAUUUCCUCUUCGCAAUGGCUUGGCCUGGAACUAUGUACAUUGGGACCUUCCUGGUUGGACUUGGCUACGGAGCUCAUUGGGCUAUUGUGCCAGCUGCUGUUUCUGAACUUUUUGGCGUAAAACACUUCGGUGCAAUGUACAAUUUUCUCACAGUAGCAAACCCUGCAGGGUCACUUGUUUUCUCGGGGCUUAUUGCUAGUAACCUGUAUGACUCUGAAGCUGAGAAACAAGCACAGCAACAUCAUAUGACAGCAUUGCAAUCUCCAAGAUUGCUUCACAACAUGGGUUUGCUUGCAGAUGGACCACUGAAGUGCGAGGGUUCUGUUUGCUUCUUUGUCAGCUCACUGAUUAUGUCAGCAUUCUGUGUUGUGGGAGCUGGUUUGAGCCUCAUUAUUGUUCAGAGAACCAAACGAGUUUAUGCUCACCUCUAUCGUUCUGUCCGUACAUGAAACUUCAAUGGAAAGGAGAUGUUGAACCCUCCUAUCAUUGAUCCAUGUACCAUAUCUUUUUGCAUAUAUGUGGUCAUAUGUACACAACAUUAAAGUUUGCCUAUAUAUUCCCAAAUCAUUUCAGAGGUUGUAAUCCGUGAAGUGAUGUUUCCUAGUGGGAAUUUACAUGUCCUACGCAUCAGAUAACAAGGAUGUGGUUGAUGCUUGGACCAUGAAUUCUGAUACUUGUAGUCCUGUAAUAAAUACUUUUUGCUCAGAUGAAAAUCUGUAUAUUGAUCUGCGGAUGGUUUUUCAGUA